AUGGCUGCUCUUAACCAUUGCUUUGUUCUUUCUUUUAUCUUUGCAUUAUCACUUUCAAGUGUUCAUGAAAGCGUCGCGGCUCGCCAUUUACUGCAGACAAUACCAUCACUGCCUACAAUACCUUCAAUCCCAAACCUGCCCAUACCCACCACAUUGCCACCUUUGCCAAGCAACCUAAUCCCAUCUUUGCCAAACCCAACUCUGCCCACCAUGCCCACAAUCCCUUCCAUCCCUAGCCUUCCCACGAUGCUUCCACCUAUUCCUUUCCUUUCACCACCUCCAUCAACCACUAGCCCUUGA